AUGAUACGACGGUUGACGUUGUUUCUUUUGCUGGCUUGUCUGGCACUGCUGGUCUUGGGUGCUGAGGACUAUUACAAGCUCCUUGGACUCAAGAAGGAUGCCUCAGAACGAGAGAUCAAGAAGGCCUAUCGGAGUCUCAGCAAGAAGUACCACCCAGACAAGAAUCCUGGUGAUGACACAGCGAGCAAGAAGUUUGUUGAAGUAGCCGAGGCCUACGAAGUUCUUAGCGACAAGGAGACCCGCAAGAUCUACGACCAAUAUGGCCACGAUGGCAUCCAACAGCACAAACAAGGUGGCGGGCCCCGCCAACACCACGACCCCUUCGACCUCUUCUCGCGCUUCUUUGGCGGCUCCGGCCAUUUCGGACAUCAUGGAGGGGAGCGACGGGGUCCCAACAUGGAAGUUCGCGUUGCGCUACCCCUCCGCGAUUUUUACAAUGGACGCAAGACAGAAUUUACAAUCGAGAAACAGGCCAUAUGCUCAGCAUGUGAAGGCUCAGGCUCAGAGGACGGACACGUAGAAACCUGUGACCUAUGCGGUGGCCGUGGCGUACGCAUACAACGUCAACAACUCGCGCCUGGGCUAUUCCAACAAGUCCAAAUGCACUGUGACAAGUGCGGAGGCAAAGGCAAGACGAUCAAACACCCAUGUCCCAUCUGUGGUGGCAGUAGAGUUGUCCGCGAAUCAGAAACACACGUCCUGGACAUCGAAAAGGGUAUGCCAAACGGUGUACGUAUUACAUACGAAAACGAAGGCGACGAGAGCCCAGAUUGGGUGGCUGGCGACCUCAUUGUCCACCUCGUGGAGCAAGAUCCUGCACUGGGCGCAGAAGAACACGAACGCACUGAUGGAACUUUCUUCCGCCGCCGCGGCAAGGAUAUCUUCUGGCGGGAAGUCCUUUCGCUACGGGAAGCAUGGAUGGGCGACUGGACACGUAACAUUACACACCUCGACGGCCACGUUGUCCAACUCUCACGCAAGCGCGGCGAAGUGGUCCAACCUAACACGGUGGAGGUUGUGAAGGAUGAGGGCAUGCCCAUAUGGGCGCAACAUCUCGAUAAUAACGAGGGAUUACAAUCUGGUGACCUUCACGUGGAGUAUGUCGUCGUGCUGCCGGAUAUGAUGGAGAAGAGCAUGGAAAAGGACUUUUGGGCCACAUGGGAAAAGUAUAGGAAGAAGAAUGGGGUGCAACUGGAUAAGGUGCUGGGCAGGAAGGAGGGGCCGAUUGAGAUGCCGAAGCCGGAGGGCGAGGGGCAUGACGAGUUGUAG